GUGGGCGUUGUUAAAAACUCCUGGAGCCGGGAGGCGGUGAGAUUAUUUACGCAGUCUGUCUCCCUCCCAUUGGUCCCUCAGCUGAAGCCGCUGUGAUGCGCUGCGGUGACACAGCCGAGUCUCCGGCGAUAAAAGACAGAAACACGAGUGUUGGAAGGCGGACAGCGAGUUUCCAUUUGAUGGUAGAUGCACCUCUGCGAGUCUUAACACGGCUGGAAGUAUCUGUCCAACUCCUGAGGGAUCUGGUGAAGAAUGGAGUGGUAUGUCCUGGUGCUGAUGCUGAGCUUGCCGCCCUCCAUCCACGCAGAUUGCUCUUCACAGUGUCAGCAAUGCGUGCAGCAGAUGCUCAGCUCCGAAGCCGUCUUUAACAACCUGGGGUGCGGUCCGGAGUGUGAGGGGCAGCUGGAGAGCUGCGGACGGGCUCCGGGGCUGGCGGACUUCAGCCAGGAGGAGGCUGCAGCGGAGGAGGAGAGCCAGCAGGCCGACCUGGUCAAGCGCUAUGGCGGCUUCAUCAAGAGGAUCGACAAGAACAAGAUCUUCGCCUCUCCAUGGCGCGACAAUUUCAUUCUGAAGGCCGGAGGGAUGCCAAAGAAAUACGAGGACUUGUGGAAGAGCCUGGAGGAAAGGGGUGUUGCAGACGAUGCAGGCGAUGCGGAUCAGAUGCUCCACAGUUUGGUUAAACGUUACGGCGGCUUUUUACGCAAAUUCGGCCCCAAGUCAAAGAGGAGUAGCUCUGUGGAGCAGGAGAGCGAGGAGCCCGAGGAGCUGCAGAAGCGCUACGGAGGCUUCAUGAGGAGAAUCCGACCAAAGUUGAACAACCUGAAGUGGGACAAGCGGUACGGAGGCUUUCUGCGCCGCCAGUUCAAAGUGUCAGUGCGCUCAGCGGAGGAGCCGUAUUACUCCUAUGACGACUGGAGCCUAUAGAGGAAAUCUGCUGAGAGAAAAAACUACUACGAACUUGUGCAGGUUCACGUGAAAUAACCCCCAUUUAUCCAGCAAGCAUCAUAUACCUGCCUGCCUUGCUUCCAGCCUGCUCGGUUGCCUUCUGUAUAACUGCUCUCAUCUCUGUGUUCUUGGCAUCGUCGUCUUUCAUUCAAUAAAGGAUGCUUGUUUCAUAAAA